AUAAUCGAACUCAAGGGUUCCCGCCUUUAGUAAAGCCUUACUUUGAUUGACAAACACUUUAUCCAAUGACUCUUGUCCAUGAGAAGUGGGCGUUGCCUCUUGAAAUCGAACCAUUCUCCAUUGGCUAAGAAAAGCGGUAUUGGAAACGCAGUUGCCAUGCCUACACAGCUUUGCUCCGGUGACGCUUGAGUGACAGGAAACAUGAACCAAUAGGAACACAAAGAGGCGGGGCUUUUCUAACACUGUCAACUGUUCGUUCAAACCUUGUUACUCUCCGUAACACAUUGAACGCGCCACCGUCGGAUCAACUACCGGCGAUGAAAAUGAGCCUCACUGUUUUUACUGAAACCACAACAAGGACUCUCUAGGAACCCUCUAAAUGGAGAUGGCGUAUUUCAAGAACAAUUUUUGGGGAGAGAAGAAUGCGGGUUUUGACGUUCUCUACCAUAACAUGAAGCAUGGACAGAUCGCCACUAAAGAAUUGGCUGAGUUCGUGCGCGAGAGGGCAGCCAUUGAGGAGACUUACUCGAAAUCCAUGAGCAAACUCGCCAAGAUUGCUAGCAAUGGAAGCCCUCUCGGCACGUUUGCCCCCAUGUGGGACGUGUUUCGUGUGUCCUCGGACAAAGUGGCCCUCUGCCACCUGGAGCUCUUGAGGAAGAUGAAUGACCUCAUCCGUGACAUCAGCAAGUACAGCGAGGAGCAGGUCAAAAUUCACCGCAAGACGAAAGAGGAAGUGAUUGGUACUCUGGAGUCAGUGCAGUCUCUUCAGGUGCAGAAUGCCCACCUGCAGAAGGCCAGAGAAGGCUACCACAGCAAGUGUGUAGAGCUGGAGAGACUACGCAAAGAGGGAGUGCCUCAAAAAGAGCUGGAAAAGGCUGAGCUGAAAUCGAAGAAGGCAGCUGAGUCGUUUACAGGGUCUAUAGAGAAGUUUAACCGUGCUGGAGGAGACUUUGAACAGAAAAUGAGUGAAUCAGCACAGAAAUUUCAGGACAUUGAGGAAGCUCAUUUACGGCAGAUGAAACUACUGAUCAAAGCGUAUUCACACUCCAUUGAAGACACACAUGUACAGGUUGGGCAGGUCCAUGAGGAAUUCAAGCAAAACGUGGAGAACAUUGGUAUUGAGAACCUCAUUCAGAAGUUUACAGAGCAGAAGGGAACGGGAAAGGAGAGACCCGGUCCAGUAGGGUUUGAGGAGUAUCUGUCGUCCCUGGUAUCUGAGAACAGUAAAAAGAGUCGGGCUAAAGCCUUCAGGAUCCCCGGCUUAGGAAAGAGAGACAAGGAACCCGAUUCAACGGAUUCAGCUGUGGCAGAUGCUCUUCAUUGCUCUCUACGUUGUUCUGCUGAGGAGAAGGAGGGAAAUUUUUACUCCAGUGACUCGGAUUUCGAUGAUGAAGAACCCAAAAAAUUUCACAUCCAGAUCCGACCGGUUGCCAGCAGUAACCGUAGCAACUCAGCAGCCAAUGAACUGGAGCUGAAGGCCACAGUGGGGGCGUUGACCCUGCCUCCUAACAGAGUGGUGUCAGUAAAGAAGCAGCUCUCAAGGAACUCCAGUUCAGCAGGUCGAUCUGAAGGAGAGGGGGAAAGUGUUCCCCAGAGAGAGGGAGAACAGGAGGGUCUGCGUAGAUCCACGUCCAGCCCAGAUCACAGCAGGUUGAGUUCCACAGCAUCUGGUCCGGACGCUCUGUUUGGACCUCCUCUGGAGUCGGCCUUUAAAUCCCACAGCUUUACUGGCAGAGAGCAGCUCCAGAACGCCUUUGCUGCAUCUAAAUAUGCCGCAUUCUCUUCGGAUUCAUCCUCUCCUGAGAAUGUGGAGGAUUCUGGACUGGAUUCGCCUUCCCAUCAGCCCCUUGGAGUAUCCCCUGAACCCAAUGGUUGGGCAGCCUGGCCAUCUACUCAAACUCAAUCUAAAGACUCCGUAAACCUGAGCCGAUCCUCUGACCCCUUCCUGGCCGCAUUCCGUGACCCCUCGCCCGGUCGGUCUCCUCUCCCGCAGGACGACCCCACCAAUGCCUGGCCUUCCAAUCUACGUUCUCCACGUGCCCCACCCAACGUCGAGCCCACCACCUUCAGCUUCCCGGCCUUCUCCCACAGCCUGGCGUCUUCAGAACUGGAGCCCUGUGUGUGGAGCUGUAAACACAUCCCUCCUGAAGACCCCUUCCUGGCUGCGUUUGAACGCUCCGCCCCCAAGGACAACCUGCCUCCACCUGAUGCCUGGGUCCCGCCUCCCCCUCGGCCCACCAGGGAUAGCAGGGCUGUGGAAACCCGCACCGAUCCCUUUUCCGUCUCUCUGAAUGACACUAAAACCCUCCCUCCCCUAUCCUCCUCCAGCAAAGAGCGAGACAGGAAAAGAGAUCGUAGCGUCCCGCCUCCAGAGUCUCCGGAUGAUCCUUUCGCUAUUACUAUGAUAGGGAGUCCAACGCACCAAUCGGCGCUGGCGGCGCAGGUAGCUGCACAAAGCAGAGCUGGUAGUAAUAGGCCGACACCCAGUCCUAACUCAGCCCCCAAUUCUCAGCCGAAGAAAGAGCUGGUGCAUUGGAACUCGGUGCAUAACCCCUUCAGUGAGGCCACUACGAAUAACACUGUCACGCAAGAGUCGACCAGAAAACAGAGAUCAUUUAACGACGAGCCUCGCAGGAACGGACCGCCGCUCACACGGCAUUCUGGGCCGCAGGAGGACCUUUGCUUCUCUACAGACAAGGACCAGAACUUCCUGGAUAUUAACACACAACCAGUCUCCCAGCAUGGUUUCAGGCAGGACAGCACUGAACGUCUGGCAUUGGCUCCCCCUCGGUCGGUUCGGUCCAAGCGCUCCUCAGGCAGACUCAGUGGCUGUGAGCGGUCUAGGUCUUUGUGCUCGUCUCCGCUGCCUGAGCCCAGUCCUCCCCUCACCUCCUCAUCCUCCUCCAGCCCCAGUGAAUGGGGGAUGCAGAACCGCGUCCCCAGCCCAGCCCGAGGUUUGUCGCGAGGACCCAGUCCCAUUUCUCUGAGUACCCAGGAGUCUUGGCCUGUAGCCACAGCCAUCACGGAGUACAUCAACGCCUACUUCAAAGGAGGAGAACACAACCGCUGUCUGGUUAAGAUCACCGGCGACCUCACUAUGUCGUUUCCUGCCGGCAUCAUCCGCAUUUUCACUGCCAACCCCAACGCACCAGUUUUAAGCUUCCGAUUGGUGAACAUCUCUCGAGUGGAUCACUUAUUACCCAACCAGAAGUUACUCUAUAGCGACCCGUCACAGAGUGACCCGGACACCAAGGAUUUCUGGUUCAACAUGCCGGCCUUAACGCUCCACCUGCAGAGAGAGGCGGAGCUUAACCCACAAGCCUCCUAUUACAAUGUGGCUCUGCUAAAAUACCAGGCGUCAUCUCAGGAUCCGGGUCGUGCUCCCCUCCUGUUGUCCGCCGAGUGUCAGCGCAGUGGCACAGUGACCCGUGUGUCUCUGGAUUACCACUGCUGCCCCGCAACCGCCCCCUCCACCCAGCUGACCACUGUACAAGUGCUGCUGCCCCUCGACCACACGGCCACAGACCUGCAGUGCCAGCCGCCCGCAUCCUGGAGUGCAGAGGAAAGACGACUCCUAUGGAAAUUGCCCAACCUCUCCCCGACAAAUCACAGCAAAGGGUCUGGCACAUUGUGCGCCAGUUGGCAGUGCCUGGAGGUUCCCCGCGGGCCUCCCCCGAGCCUGGCUGUGCAGUUUGUGGGAUCGGGGGCUUCUCUGUCAGGCAUGAACGUGGAGCUGGUGGGCAGCCGGUACCGCAUGUCCCUGGUGAAGAAGAGGUUUGCCACAGGAAAAUAUAUGGCCGGCUGUUCUUUGUGAGAGGUGAUGGUGCUGCUCCGGUACCACCGAGGCACAACGUUUGCACUUUUUAAACCUACCUGGGCUGGUGGAACUGUCCAUGUGCUAAAGGCCUGAACAGAAGAGAUCACAUUGUAUAUAGAGUGUGAUGUGUGGGGAAAUAGAUAAUACCCAUGAUGCAUUGCUCUAGAAUAAGUAUGCACUGGGAUUAGGGACCACAACCAGCCUCUACUCUUUUAUCUGUAUAGAAUUGUUUGUUCAGUGUGCAAACCACACAUUUAUUUCAAGUUUGAAGAACUGGAUGUACAUUUCCUUUCAUUUUUAGUGCAAAUUUCUGAAUGAGUAAGUAUGAAUAUGUAUAAUGGAAAUAAAAAUUCUGACAUUUA